AUGUUCGUUUGUAAUCAAAAAACAGGUCUUUACUGGUUUAAUUCUCAGUGCACUUUUUGUGACGAUGAGUAUAACCUCAUUGGAUUGUUGUUUGGCUUAGCUAUUUAUAACAAUGUAUUAGUAGAUGUCAGAUUUCCAACGUUACUUUACACUAAACUGCUUGCGCGUCCAGCGGUCUUUGAAGAACUUGGUCAAUUAGAUAUGAGUUUAUACAGGUCACUGGUUGACCUACUGGAAUGUGAAGAUGAUGUAGAAAGCAUAUUUUGUUACACGUUUCAAGUAUCUUAUAAAGACGCUUAUGGAAACACGCAUACUGAAGUUCUUAUUCCAAAUGGCGAAAACAUACCAGUUACAAAUGCAAACAAAAAAGAAUUUGUCUUUCUAUAUGCGGACUUCCUUUUAAAUCAAGUGAUAAAGCGACAGUUUGAAGCGUUUAAAGCGGGUUUUUUUUUGGUUGCUAAUUGCAGUCUUCUUCGACGUAUUUGUCUUCCACAUGAAGUUGAAGAAAUGGUGUGCGGCGUUUUGGAUCUCAAUUUUGAUCUUUUGUCGAAGGCUGCCCGCUACCAAAAUGGGUAUAACGCCAAAAGUGCAACAAUAGAAGAUUUUUGGACCGUUGCUAAAGCAAUGUCGGUUGAAGAGAAGAAAAUGCUUCUUCAGUUCAUAACGGGUUCUGACAGGGUGCCAGUUGGGGGUUUGCUAAAACUUGAAGUAAUUAUUGCACGUAAUGGCGAUGACAAGCUAAGGUUACCUACUGCACAUACCUGUUACAAUAUUUUGCUAUUGCCAGAUUACGGUGACUUAAAUGUGAUGAGGGAGCGCUUAAUGAAAGCCAUCAGUUACAGUCGCGGUUUUGGUCUGCAAUAA